AUGGAGCUGUUCAUGGAGGAGAAGUGGAAGCUGUCGAAGAAGGGGAGCAGGAGCUGCAACGCGAGCAGAAGAAUCAUGGGAGCAGAGGGAGCUGGACCCUUCCUGAAGGGAUCGGCGAGCACGAGGCAGAUGAGGAGGACGGCCGCACCGGGCUCCUUCUCCAGCCGGUUCGCCAGCCUGGUCAAGGAGCAGAGAGCCAGGUUCUACAUCAUGCGCCGCUGUGUCACCAUGCUCAUCUGCUGGCGAGACUACCCAUGA